UCUAGUCUUAGGUAUAUUGGGGUACCGUUGCUGUCCUCCUCCUCCACAGCAGCAGCAGCAGCAGCAGCAGCAGCAGCAGCAAUUCCAGCUGCUGCUGCAGCAGCAGCAGCAGCAGCUUGUGUCUGAGGUGCUGCUAACAGAUGGAUAUUAUUAUAUAUGUGGCAAGACACAGGAUUGUUUUGUUGCUGCUGCAUUGAGUUUGCUGCUGCGGCCUUCGCAUGCAGCAGCAGCAGCAGCAUGUGCUGCUGCUGGAGGAGACAGACAACAGCAACAGCAGCAGCAGCAGGAGUACUGGGGCCCUCCUCCCUUGCGGCUCCGUCGUGUCCUGCUGCAGGGAUUAGGUCUGCUGCUGCUGCAGCAAUAUGUCCCCUUUCCUCUCCGCUCCCUGUCUCCUUGUGGGGGUACUGUCCCCUUAAUAGAUGCAGUAGUGCUGCGUGUGCUGCCUCCUCAUUGUCUGCUGCUGCAGCAGCAACAGCAGCAGCAGCAGGGGGGGCAGCAGCAACAGCAGCAGCAGCUGCAGCAGCAGAAAAGUUUGCUGCUGUCCCUACAAGAUGGGCAUGCAUGGAGACAGCAGCAGCAGCAAAUCAUCGAGGCAGCAAAAGAGGGACCUAUUGCUGCACUAACAGAGCAGCUGCAGCAGCGCCGCGAGGAAUGUGCAGCAGCAGCAGCAGCACAGCAGCAGCAGCAACAGCAGCAGCAGCAGCAGCAGCAGGAUGAGGAGGAAGACCCAUGGGAAGGAGCUAAGGAGCUAGAGAGACAGCAGCAAAGACUAAUGGAGGAGUUUGCUGCUGAUGCUGCUGCAGUGCAGCAGCAAAUUAAGCAGCAAACUCGUGUCUUUAUAGUUGAUGCCUUGCUGCUGCAGCAAAUAGCAGCAACAGGAACAGCAGGAACAGCAGCAGCAGCAGCAGCAGCAGCAAGAGGAGGUAAUAGUGUUGCAUGCACCGUAGAUGAGUGCAUGCAACCAAAUGGACUCUUCCCCUGUGGGGCCCCUCUACAGCAGCAACAGCAGCAGCAGCAGCAGCAGGUGCUGCUGCAGCAGCUACGUAGAUCUAUUGCUGUAGUGUAUGUACCAUGGGUAGAGGAGACAAAGGAGACACUAAGAGAGGGACAGCGCGUGCGUCUCCACUCUCUUCGUGUAGGGGACUCUCCUCUGCUGCAGCGGCGUCCUGCUGCUGCUGCUGCAGCAGGAGCAGCAGCAGCAGGUGCUGCUGGUGCUGCUGCAGGUGGUGGAUGGAGUGCUAGAAGGGGACAACAACAACAGCAGCAACAACAGCAGCAGCAGCAACAGCAGCAGCAGCAGCAGCAGUACGGUGCAGCAGCAGAUGCAGCAGCAAUGCUGCAGCUAGAGAGGAGAAGAAAGGAGACAGCAGCAGCAGCAGACAAUUUGUCUCCUUUGCGUCUCUAUACAACAAAUAGAUCAUCAAUUGAGUCUGCUGGUGUCUCUCCUCUCCCCCAAGAGUUGCUCAUCAAGCAGCUGCAGCAACUGCAGCAGCAGCAGCAGCAGCAACAGCAACAGCAGCAGCAGCAGCAGCAGCAGCUGGUGCCUGCUGAGGCCUUACCUUUGCUGCUGCGUCUUCCUGUCUUAUCAGAGGCACAUCUUAUUGCCUGUGGCUUAGGCAUAUACACUAUAAAGGGACGCAGCAGCAGCGCAGCAGCAGCAGCAGCAGCAGAAGUAGCAGCAGCAGCAGCAGCAGCAGCAGCACCAGGAACAGGAUCAGCAGACGCAACAGGAGCAGCAGCAGGUGCAGCAGCAGUAGGGGUAUCAGGCAGCAACCUAGAUUUCGCGUCUCCUUUUUGGGGUUUUGCUGCUGGCACUGGUGCUGCUAAUGCUGCUGCUGCUGCUGCUGCUGCUGCUGCUGGUCCCUUCGAGUGCCUCCCUGUGGUGUCUCCUCAACCCCUUGGAUUAAUAAAGGGGCUCCCUUAUGAUCUUGUUGGCUUCUUGCUGCACAUACAACUGUCUCCUUUUAUACAGGGAGAGGAGACAACCAACUCCGCUGAGCAAAGACAAGCAGCAGCAGCAGCAACUGCAGCAACAGGAGCAGCACCAGCAGCAGCAGCAGCAGCAGCAGAAGGGGCCAUCUAUCUAAUGACAGGGGGCCUCCAGAUAUGUUGCAUCCGCCUCAGCAGCCCAGCAACAGCAGCAACAGCAGCAGCAGCAGCAGCAGCAGCAGCAACAGCAGCAACAGCAGCAGCAGAUCCAAGUCUGUCUCCCCUAGCAAGGUUCCUAAAGCCUGCUAUUGCUGCACUCGAGCAGCAGCAGCAGCAACAGCAGCAGCAGCAACAGCAGCAGCUACUGGCUCAAGAAGCGAAGGCCCUACAGGCAGCAGCAGCAGCUGCUGCUGUUCCUGCUGCAGCAGCAGCAGGAGAUUGCGCUAGCAAUGCCGCAGCAAAAAGUGCUGCGGCAGCACCUACAGCUACCUCAGCAGCAGCAGCAGCAGCAGCAAGUGCAGCAGCAGAUGCUGCUGCAGCUGCUGCUGCUGUUGAUCCUGUUGCUGCUGCUACAUUAAUGGCUGCAGCAGCAGCAGCGCAGCAGCGCGUGCUGCAGACAAAUGUAUCCAACUCCUUAUCCACUAAUGCCUAUAUACACACCAACAGCAGCAGCAGCAGCAGCAGCAGCAGCAGCAGCAGCAGCAGCAGCAAAUGUAGUAGCAGCAACAGUAGCAGCAGCACCACCAAAGAACCACCGUCACCCACCAACGCAAACCACCACCACCAACAGCAGCAACAACAACAGCAACAGCAACAGCAACAGCAACAGCAACAGCAGCAGCAGCAGCAGCAGCAGCAGCAGCAGCAGCAGCAGCAGCAGACCUGCAUGCGAUGA